UACCCUCCGACAAGGAGUGUUCCCCGAACAACGUUCGCCAUCGGUGCUGAAACAUGAGGGAGAUACAACGAAGUUCCUUCCGGCCCGUCCUCGCGACGAUCCUGUUCGGCCAGUUGCUGUUCCUGCUGUCGCCGCAGCGGAUCCACGGCGAGAUCUACGCCAAGAUGUUCUCCAGCCAACAGAAUCCCAGCGACCCGUGCUACGACGAGGACCGGCCGCGGCGUUGCAUACCCGACUUCGUGAACGCGGCUUUCGGCGCGACCGUGGAGGCGUCGUCCACGUGCGGCACCGGCGGGCCCACCCGCUACUGCGACGUCACCGACGAGCCCGGCGGCAACGCCGGCAUCGGCCACUGCCACGUGUGCGAUGACAGCACGCCCCGACGGCGCUUCCCCGCCAGUUACCUGACUGAUCUCAAUAAUCCAAACAACGUCACUUGCUGGCGCAGCGAGCCGCUCGUCAGCUCGCAGAGCUUCUCGGCACCGCCUGACAAUGUCACCCUCACUCUCUCGCUUGGCAAGAAGUACGAGCUGACAUAUGUCAGUUUGCAGUUUUGCCCGCGCGCCGCCAAGCCGGACUCGAUCGCUAUUUACAAGUCCAUGGAUUACGGCAAGACCUGGCAGCCGUUCCAAUUCUACUCUUCGCAAUGCCGCCGGGUCUACGGCAGACCGAAUCGCGCCACCAUUACCAAGUCCAACGAGCAGGAGGCACGGUGCACCGACAGUCACCGUUACACCGGCGGGGACGGCCUCGGUCCGGUCGGCAGGAUCGCCUUCAGCACCCUGGAGGGCCGACCGUCCGCCGCCGACUUUGACAACUCGCCGGUGCUGCAGGACUGGGUGACCGCCACCGAUAUCCGCGUGGUGUUCAACCGGCUGCACAUGCCGCAGCAGCCGGAUCAGGUGACGUCGCACAACGGAGCGGAGGACCAUCACGUCGCGGCGAUCGGUCUCGAGGAGAUGACGAAGCGGGAACGCGAGCGCGAGGAGCGUCUCAAGAACCAGAAGAACGCGAUUCUGUUGCACGCGCAGCAGGAACCCCUGGUCACGGCGUUGCCGUCGGUGCACCAGGUGCUCGCGCCCCAGGAGAUGCAAUCCAACGAUGCGAUCGAUGCCGCGGUGCGGGACAUGGGCUUCGUCCCGAUCACCGUAUCCACGACCACGACGCCGACGCCGGCUAGCAACGGCGCGGUGAUAAUGGUACCGGUCGGUCUAGGUCCGGCGACCGCCACCAUGGCCCACCAUUACGCGGUCUCGGACUUCGCCGUGGGCGGCAGGUGCAAGUGCAACGGCCACGCGGCGCGCUGCAUCCCCGGCAAGGACGGCGAGGUCGUCUGCGAGUGCAGGCACAACACCGCCGGCAGGGACUGCGAGCGGUGCCGGCCCUUCCACUUCGACCGGCCGUGGGCCAGGGCCACCGCCAGGGACGCCAACGAGUGCAAAGUGUGCAACUGCAACCUCCACGCGAGAAAGUGCAGAUUCAACAUGGAGCUGUACAAGCUGUCGGGCCGUGUCAGCGGAGGCGUUUGUCUGCAGUGCCGGCAUUUUACGGCAGGAAGGCACUGUCAUUACUGCCGCGAAGGUUACUACAGGGACCCGGCCAGACCGAUCACGCAUCGCAAAGCCUGCAAACCAUGUGACUGCCACCCGAUCGGAGCUUCUGGAAAGACCUGUAACCAGAGCAGCGGCCAGUGUCCUUGUAAAGACGGUGUAACCGGUAUUACUUGCAACAGAUGCGCCAGGGGCUACCAGCAGAGCAGAUCGCAUAUUGCGCCUUGCAUCAAGAUACCCAGGGUCGUGCAGACGCAGGGCACGGCCGGAGAGGAGAGUGGCGAGCACGAGGACGACGACGACGAACGUGGAUACGAUGGACGAACCGAUCAGUGCGGAAAGUGCCGCGCCAGCACGAAGAGGCUAAAUCUCAACAAGUACUGCAAAAGAGACUAUGCUAUUCUGGGCAGAAUAACGGACAGGCACAAGAAAAGCGACGGCUCGCAAAGCGGCACAAGUGUAUCAGGCACAUCCUGGAUCCGAUUCACUCUAAACGUCGAUUUCAUUUACAAGAAAAAUUCCAACUCGAGGCUUCGACGUGGUGACUUAUCUCUUUACGUUCAUUCGGCUGAUCUGGCCUGCAGAUGCCCAAAAAUCAAACCUAAUAAGUCGUACUUGAUCCUUGGCCAAGAGAACGACGGCGGUGGCCAAGGUGGACUCACGGUGACGCAGAGGUCGAUCGUCAUCGAGUGGCGCGACGAAUGGCAUCGCCGAAUGCGCCGUUUCCAACGAAGGGCGAGAUCGUGCCAUUGAAGUGUUCGCACGUCGCGGAAAGAGAGGAAGAGAUAGAAAGCGAGAUAGAAAGAGAACAAGAAAGAGAGAGAGAGAGAAAGAGAAGGAGAAAGGGAGAGUGAAUGAGAGAACGAGAGUGAGUAUGUGUGAAUGUGUAUGUAUGCGUGUGAGAAAGAUAGAGAGAAAGAGAGAGAGAAGUCGAUCCUUUCCCAACCGUGUUCGUAGAAGCCUGCAUAUCUUUAUUUCCCGGCCACGAAUACCGGUAUCGGGGUGCCGAUUUUGUUUUACGCGCGGUACUCAUCGACUACUGUACGUACGUCGAAGGCAAAGUACGAGGAAGAGGAGGACGAAAGGGGAAGUUGCGAUAAUUCCAAAUGGAGCAUCCGCCGCGCGAAAUGACACGAGCAAUGCACGUGCAUACGGAGAGAUUUGCGCGCCAAGACAAUUCCAUUACGUAGAUAAUUCCGAAGCUAUUCGUAAGCAAAUUAUCGAUUAUUCAAAGUAUAGAUACUGACAAGUAAGUACCAAAAUCUCAAACGAUCCGCAUUUAUCCUCAACGGAUUAUAUAUAUUUGUAUGGACUUUCCUUUUUUGUUUCGAAAUGAAAAGGUCGCAAAAGUCCAAGCCUUUAAGCCGAACUUAUAUCUUUGUCCGUAUGAAAUGCAAAUCAGUUUAGAUUUGUUCGAAGAUGGCAAAUCGCGUACCUAACGAAUAUCUAAUGUCUCUGUGUAGAACGAGCGUAUAUUCCUCGAUGUCGAUUCACUCCUGACAUUUGUCGCGCGACAUUUCUACGUGACAAGCGAUUUAUUGAACGGCAUGAAUCUUUGAGGCCGUGCCCGUUCGCACCCGAUAAAUCGCAUGUCCGUGAGAAAUGUCGCGAGAUGAAUGUUGGGUCGAAUUUACGCGACAGAUUCAAUUACUCUGGAAUACCGCAAAUCGCUGCCGGUAUGGUGUUCUCGGCGGUAUUCAAUGACGAAUAAUCGCCCGAAUAUGUCGUUGUCUGUGUAGUUUCUGUACCAUUUGUACCUAACAUUUAAACGAGAUUUAAAUGAAAAAUAUUUACUUCCACAUCAAAAAACGUUUAUAGCACAGUCAGAAUAUCGCACUCAAUAGAAAUUAAUUAAUAGAAAUUAAUGGUUUUAAUUAAGUUGAACGCACAACGAUAUAUGCAAUGUAGUUUGUGGUAUUAUUGCCGUUAUAUAAUAUAUGGAAUAAUCAAGCUCUUUCAAAACGCUUCUCCACAAUGAUAAUUCAUAUUCAUCAACAUCAAUUUGCUAUAUACAAAAAAUGGACGUGUAUAAAUUAUACGUGAUAUAUCGUGAGCGCGAUAUGUAUGAACCGGGCGUUAAUGCAUUUAUAUUACGGAAGGUGCUGUCAUUAAAGCUUAAUAGAUUCGGUAAAGCGAAAUCAAUUUCCGAAAUCAUACGCGUCGCUGAUGCACAAUCUUUAAUCUUAUUCGUCCCCUUUUAUUUUUGCUUUAUGAGCAGAAAUUGAUGCGAUGGCUAAAAAAGGAACGCAAAAUAUUCUUCUGUUUUUGAAAAAAAUUUUAUCUAGAGCUUUUAUUUUUUCUACGUUCUUAUUAGGUUAA